GGCGCAGCGGCGUCGGGCUCCCCGCAACCACCAAACCGAGGCGAGAUUCGUGCGCGAAAGCAGAGAGAGGGGGAGGCCUCCGACGCCAUCGUCGCCGUCGCCAUGGUCAAGAUCAAGAUGCCCGCGCUCUUCCGCCGCCGCAGCGGGUCCAAGUCGCCGCCGCGGUCGCACCAGGCGCAGGCGCAGGCGCAGGCGGCCGACCCCGCGUCGCCGACGCCCGAGGAGGAGAUGGAGCGGGUGUUCCGCAAGUUCGACGCGAACGGCGACGGGCGGAUCUCGCGGUCGGAGCUCGGGGCGCUGUUCGAGAGCCUCGGCCACGCGGCCACCGACGACGAGCUGGCCCGCAUGAUGGCCGAGGCGGACGCCGACGGGGACGGGUUCAUCAGCCUCGACGAGUUCGCCGCUCUCAACGCCACCGCCAACGGCGACGCGGCCGCCGUCGAGGAGGACCUCCGCCACGCCUUCCGGGUCUUCGACGCCGACGGCAACGGCACCAUCUCCGCCGCCGAGCUCGCCCGCGUCCUCCACGGCCUCGGCGAGAAGGCCACAGUCCAGCAGUGCCGCCGCAUGAUCGAGGGCGUCGACCAGAACGGCGACGGCCUCAUCUCCUUCGAGGAAUUCAAGGUCAUGAUGGCCGGCGGCGGCACCUUCGCCAAGAUCGCGUAGCCACCACCCUCCUCUCCUCCUCCUCGUGGAUCAACAACCCAAACCCUCAUUGACCAUUCCUCUCCAUCCAUUCGAGCGUGCCGUGCGCGGCGGAAAUUAAGUGUAUAUACAGCCCGAUCAAAAGACCACCACUAGUAGCUCUAGAUUCUUUCUUUUUACUAAUAAUUGUGAUUCUCGACUACUGCUUUCUUGGUAGAUUGCAAAUUGGAGGCGAAAAGGAAGCAAUUCUGUCCUCUGCUUUUGGGUUUAGACACGCUGAUGCUUUCCCCUUAUUUUUCGACAAGAUGUAAGCGUUUGCGUGGAGUUAAGACUCUUUUGGAUCUUGCAUUCUUGUAUCCAUUGUUCAGAAUCUGGAUAUCCGUAAUCUGAUCUUAAUAUAAUCCCCUAUUUUGUGGGUAUUUAUCUCUC